AUGGACGGCCGCCUAGAGACUGAACUGUAUCCUUUGGGAUCGAGUUACGCAGAAUUAGACGUCGUUCACGAUAUUGCAGUUGGAACAAAGAGAGGAUCUGACGAGCUGUUCUCCUGUGUUUCCAGCGGGCCCUAUAUCAUGACCUCAGCAGCCAACGGCAACGACAGCAAGAAGUUUAAAGGUGACAUCAGAAGUCCUAGCGUCCCGUCCAGAGUUAUACAUGUCCGCAAGCUACCCAAUGACAUCAACGAAGCGGAGGUCAUCUCCCUCGGCCUUCCCUUUGGCAAAGUCACCAAUCUGCUCAUGCUGAAGGGAAAGAACCAGGCUUUUUUGGAAAUGAAUACUGAAGAAGCAGCCCAGACGAUGGUUACUUACUACUCCUCCGUAACGCCCGUCAUCAGGAAUCAUCCCAUCUUCAUGCAGUACUCAAACCACAAAGAGCUAAAAACAGACAACUCACCGAACCAAGUGAGGGCACAGGCAGCACUGCAGGCAGUGAAUGCUGUCCAGACAGGUGGCAUGACUCUAAGUGCUGUUGACCCAUCUGGUUUGACUGGACCCAGCCCUGUCCUGAGGGUCAUCGUUGAAAACCUCUUCUACCCCGUGACCCUAGAUGUCCUGCACCAGAUCUUCUCGAAGUUUGGCACUGUGCUGAAAGUGAUCACUUUCACAAAAAACAACCAAUUUCAAGCCCUCCUCCAGUUUGUUGAUGGCCUGACGGCACAACAUGCCAAGCUGGCUCUAGAUGGACAGAACAUCUACAAUGGCUGCUGUACCUUGCGUACCAGCUUUUCCAAACUUACCAGUUUAAACGUCAAAUAUAAUAACGACAAGAGCCGUGACUACACUCGCCCGGACCUGCCAACUGGGGACAGCCAUCCCACUAUUGAACAUCAUGCUAUGGCUGCUGCUUUCGCUUCUCCCGGGAUCAUCUCUGCCUCACCAUACGCAGCAGCGCAUGCCUUCCCUCCGGCUUUUACUAUCCAGCAGGCUGCAGGGUUGACAAUACCUGGGGUUCCCGGAGCCUUCGCCUCGCUGGCCAUGCCAGGGUCAGCGGCGGCCGCUGCGGCUGCGAGCAGACUGGGCUUCCCCGUCUUCCCCGGCACCCAUUGCGUCAUGCUGGUCAGCAACCUGAACCCUGAGAGAGUUACGCCCCACUGCCUCUUUAUUCUCUUCGGUGUAUAUGGGGAUGUAUUGAGAGUUAAAAUCAUGUUCAAUAAGAAGGAGAACGCUCUCAUACAGAUGUCUGAUGGGACACAGGCUCAGCUUGCAAUGAGCCAUCUAAACGGGCAGAAGUUGUACGGCAGACCGCUGCGCAUCACGCUGUCCAAACACACGACUGUCCAGAUGCCACGAGAGGGACAUGAGGACCAGGGUCUCACCAAAGACUACAGCAGCUCUCCUCUCCAUCGCUUCAAGAAGCCAGGCUCCAAAAACUACUCCAACAUCUUUCCUCCCUCGUCUACCCUGCACCUGUCGAACAUCCCGCCCUUGGUUGUUGAAGAUGACCUCAAGAUGCUCUUUGCUACCAGUGGUGCUCUUGUCAAGAACUUCAAGUUCUUUCAGAAGGAUCGCAAGAUGGCUCUGAUUCAGAUGGGUUCAGUGGAGGAAGCGAUCGAGUCCCUCAUCCAGUUCCACAACCAUGAUCUCGGAGAAAACCACCAUCUUAGGGUUUCUUUCUCCAAGUCCAUCAUUUGAGACAAAAACAGUCUGAAAGGGAUGGAGUGGCCAGUCAUUUUAAACCUUACUGAGUCUUAAUCACAAAGCUCACUUCCAUCAUUCCAUUAUUUUAUUUAAGAGGCAUUUUAAGUGGAUAAUUACAUAUUUUUAGAACAGCUGUAUUAUUAGUUGGGCCUGAAAACGUCAUUAACUUUAUCACUCCAUCUGUCACUUUCAGCGUAUUUCAGGCUUCAGAAAAUGAUUUCUGUAGAAGCAGAGAUGAACCACUACAGGCUUUUGAUUCCAUUCAUACCAUUUGUGCCUUACUGCUUCAGAUCUCCAGAACCACAGUCAAACAUCUGCAACUAAUGUUUGCAAAUCUGGAGUUUACAGUCCAUUUCGUGCCCUCAGGGCCAAACAUACAUACUCUUAUGAGACAUGGGUUAUUUCAUCAGGCUGAUGGUAUAGGCCUAAAACUCUGCGCCUUUGCGUUACAUGUCUCCCGGUAGGGUUAUACUCAUAUCCUUUAGCUUUUGCAUGUAUACUGUAUCUUUAGACAUAGAAUGUUUACACGCAUUCCCUCCUUUAAAUGUAUGCAAUUGUUUGUGUAUAAAUCCAAUAGUGUUGUCUAGAUUUGAUUUGUUUUUAUACUGUGGGCCAUUGCAUGUUGGCGUUGGUCAGCGGAUCAUUAACCGCUGUCCGUUUACUGUUUGUCCUGUAUUUGGUGUAGAUGUUUAGUGUCGGGCUUCGUGUUGUGUGAUAUAGUAGAUUAUUUAAGCUAUUCUACUUAUGCCCCAUGUAUUUUAUGUAUUUAGGUACCUGUGUGUACACUACAGCUUGAUACCAAAGCCUUUCCUCCGUGUACCUUCGUAAGGGACAUCCUGACACCUUUUAGCUUCAUGACAAACGGCGUGUACAGACAGGUCCUCUCCGAGGGCCUUAUGUCCGUCUCUCUAUGGAGAACCGUGUGGUGGAAACAGUUCAGGUGAAUUGUGAUGGCCGCCAGAUAUGACUGAUAAAUCAGCACACCUGCUGAAUUGUGCACGUCACAUAAUGCCAGUCUUAACAGAUGGCCUUUAGUGACCUCUGUAAAAACAGCUGGGCCUUUAUCCACAACACCCCCCCCCCCCAAAAAAAAAGAAAAUGAAAUCUGACAAGUGCCUUUUUAUAAUAAUGUCUUUGUUGACUGAGAGCAGUCCAUCCUUGUGACAUUCAGUGGCAUUAGCUUUCAGAAGAGGUUAAUAAAGGCCUGAGGAAGGAUGGCCUAAAUUUGACAUUCAGACCAGAUGAUAUACAGAAAAUCAUAUUCUUAGCAAUGUUUUAUAGUGGAUUGAGUUAUUUUACUAUUUUUACAGUAGGUCAUUUUACAGUAAGUUCUGUGUAUGAUGUUUUUUCCCACUUUAUUACGUUUUACUGUUUGUAUGGGACCAAUCUAAAAAAAAAUAGAGGUGGCGCUUUAAAUGAAUCUAAAUGCUCCUUGGAUGUAGAAAGUUUCUAUCAUGUUGUUGAUUCUUUACAGUGGCUGGAUAAAACCUGAUUAUGCAUCCUUGCACAACAUUAAAAACCCUCAAUAUACAACAUCUGCCUUAGAUUAUAAAGUGCUUUUUGUUAUAGUGGACAGAUGAGGUGUAAAUACUAUUUUUGUAUCACAAUGUUAAAAGUUAUGGGUUUUUAUAUCCGUUAAAAACAUGUAUAUUUUGAUUACAGCUAUGGACCAUCAUCAUGCGAAAAUAUAGUUCAAUAUAAAAUGGUUAAAAUCAAGAUUACACUGUUUUCAGUCUUUAUCUAGUUCUUCAUGACAUUCCUAGUUGUACUUUUUGCCUUCAAUAAAUAUUUGUUUACUCAA